AUGCGCAAAUUGCGUGGGGCGUCCGCCUCAACAUCCGCGGAGCCUUCGGAAGCUUCGGGCUCAUCUUCCCACGUACAGUUAGGUCUAAUGCACUUGAAGAAACUCUUUGCAGAAUAUACACAUCCACCUCAGCCACUGACAGAAGCAGAAAAAGAUGAUAAGUUGUAUAACAUGCUACCUCUCUUUUGUAAGGUGUUUGGAACAAGUCCAUCAAGUGAUAUGAAUGAAAAAUUUUGGGACAUAUUAUCUUUUUGUCAACAAGUUUCUAAGCUCAUGGUAUCUGAGAUAAGAAAACGAGCUAGUAACCAAAGCACAGAGGCAGCUAGUUGUGCAAUAGCUAAAUUCUUAGAAAUAGAAAAUUCAGAGGAAUCUAGCAAUGGAUGGAUGCUUCUUUCCACUCUUAAUCUAUUGGCAGCUGGUGACCAAUCAUUGAUACAGGUCAUGACUACUGCAGCAAUCCCAUCAACACUAGUCAAAUGUUUAUACUUAUUUUUUGAUCUACCUGAAAUACCAGAGUCUGAAGCAGAUGUGCAAGAUGAUAAUAGUGAAUUCACACCAAGAGAGCGAAGGAUACUUUUGCAAAAGAUUUUUGUUCAAGUUUUAGUACGAUUAUGCAGUCAUCCAUUUCCAUGUGAAGAAUUGGCAAGAAAAGAUGACCUGAGUCUUCUCUUCUCUGCAAUAACAUCUUGGUGUGCACCACAUAACAUAAUGUGGAGGAAGUCAGCGGCUGAAGUUCUGAUGACCUUAUCUAGACAUGGACUGACUCAAACUGUGGUUCAGUACAUACACAAUAAAAGCUGUGUGCCACUUUGUAUUGAGAAUAUGCAAAGGGUGCCUGAAUUGACACCUUUAGAGGUUGUGGAAAUGUUCGUAGCAGUAUUUUGUUUUCUAAAAGAUUCCAGUGAAGUAAGUCAAUUAUUAUUGGAUGAUUUUCGAGCUUGUCAAGGAUAUUUGUUUCUAUCAGAGUUUCUUCUCAAACAUGAGAGACAAGGUGUGCCCGAUUAUUUAACAUCAGGGCUAGAAGAAGAAAGAGUGAGUGGUUCCGAAGCGAAAGCAGCGCUAAGGAAUUUGGUUCUAAUGAUAUCAUCUUUAUGCGCUUGUGGAUUUUCCGAGUUACGACCAACUAGAGCUAAUACUGAGUUGUUCCAACUGCAAGGCUUCGUACUGCCGCAGCCGACGACCCCCGGCCAGGCUGUGAGGAAUGUUCAGGCGUUUCAGGUGUUACAAUCAGUAUUUAUGAAGUCUACUUCCCCAGCUCUUUGCUGUACCAUUCUCGAUGCAAUAUCAAGUGUGUAUCACGCAGAUAACGCAAACUACUUCAUAUUAGAAAACCAGAAUACACUCAGUCAAUUUUCUGAAAGGAUUUAUACGAAAAACGCGGAAAUACAAGAAAAGUUUUUUGAACUCCUGGAAUUCAUCGUUUUUCAAUUAAACUUUGUGCCCUGCAAAGAACUGAUAUCGCUUUCGCUGUUAUUGAAAGCUAGUAGAUCUAGAAGCUGUAGCAUAUUAUGUAUGAAAACGCUAUUAAAUAUACUAAAACAUAACGCAAUUUUCAAAGACGUAUACCGGGAAGUGGGUAUGUUAGAAGUUUUCGUCACGUGCCUCUCUCGGUAUGCCGUGUUUCUCAAAGACAAGCAACUGUUAGAGGAGGAGAAAGCCAAAUGUGAAACGGAGGUCUCUUCAGUGAAUGAAUCGCCAAAAGCACCGGAGCGAAAGAAGAGGCAAUCCAGACAAGACUCCUUAAUCAAAGACCCGAAUACAGAAAUUGAGGAAGAGGAGUUGGGAUCGUUGGUUAUGGAAGGAUUGACUGCGUUAUUGAAUGGCAAUGUGAACAACUGUAAUGUGUUCCGGGACUGCGGCGGUGCCAAGUGCGUACACGGCAUGGUCGUGCACGAAUCCUGUAGGAGUAAGGCUUUGGGCGUGGUGCGAGAGCUGAUAGUGAGCGGGUCCGGCGAGGAGGACAUGUCGGCGCUGCUGUGCGGCAUGCACGCCGCGCCCAACGACGCUUUGAAGUUGAAACUGCAUAUAUUGAAAGCUCUGUUGGUUUGCUUGAGGGACUCGCAUAGGACUAGAACUAUAUUUAGGAAGGUCAGCGGUUUUGUAUAUGUGACAAGUGUACUGGUGUCACUGGAAGGAAAAUUAAAAUCAGACGAAUUGAUGGAUCGCGAUAUGCUUCAACUAAUACACAUUGUAUUUUACACUAUCAGCACAGCUAUGAGGUUUGAACCUGCCAAUGCCAAAUUUUUUCACCACGAGAUUUGUAUGACAACUUUGUAUGAGACGAUAAGAUUGCUGGGUUGCUUCACUGAGGAUAUUGAACUUCAAAAUGAUACAGAACCAGGAGACCCUGAACUGUACGAGGUGUUCCAUGAAUUAUUUACGGGAAAUAUAUUAGAAAUGACAUUUCCGGAUAAAAUACCAGUUGUAUUCGUCCACGCUUGCAUUGUGUUGAGGCUUUUAUAUGACGUCGCUCUGGAUUCAUUCGACAAACCAACGUUUUGUGGAUCACUCAAUGUAAAAUCGCCGAGUUUAACGAGACAAAGUUCUGCUAUAAAUGAGGCGAAGCCAGCAGGUCGUGCGACGCCAUUAAACCUGUCGGUGGGCAACACCAGCGGCGAGGCGUGGGUGGUGCACUCGGGCGUGGUGAUCGUGCUCGCCAAGCUGCUGCCCGCGCUGCCGCGCCCGCGCGCGCACCCGGAGUACUCGCGCGCCAUCAGGGACUACCUCGCGCACGUGCUCAAGAGUCUGGUUAGAAGCGAGCGCAACCAGCAAGUGAUGUGCGGCGCGGGGCUGGCGGGCGUGGCGCUGCGCGUGCUGGGCGCCGCGCUGCGCGCCGAGCGGCACCCGCUGCACGCGCCCGCCAUGUACGUGCUGGAGCGCCUCGCCGCGCACGCGCUGCGCCCCACCGAGCUCAGGGAAUUCCUACGUAUGGGAAAUCCUUUGAAUUGUUUAGCUCCUGAACCCGGGCAAGUGUGGCAACCCGGCGGACCCGUUCCCUUGACUCGAAUUAAAACUUUAGUAUCAAUGACGACUCCACGGGACUACAGGUCGCAAAAUUCCUGUACGCUCCCUCCAUUUGUGGAAUUUGAUAUGUCUGCUGAAGGCUUUGGUUGCUUGUAUUUGCCCAGUAUCGCCCCACAAUCAGCUAAUUUAAACGCUCUUGGAACACAAGAUAACGCUACACUUGGCGGUAUUGGAUCAGGUGACAGAGUAUUCCCGCCGCAAACGGGGCUGACGUACUCAACGUGGAUAUGCGUCGAGAAGUAUUCCGACCCGCGCUCGGACCCGCACUGCGUGAGGCUGCUCACGCUGGUGCGGAACAUCAACAACACUCGCGACGAACACCUGGUCUGUCUCACUGUAGUACUGUCUGCGAGGGACAAGGCCAUUAUAGUGUCUACGCAGGAAACUCUAGUUCCUCAUAAUGUAGGCGAGUGGGAGCCGGACGGUGCGGGCGAGUGCGGCGCGCGGGUGUGGUGCCCGGACUUGCAGCACGAAGGACAGUGGCACCAUCUUGCGCUAUUGUUUAAUAGAGCCGUAUUGAAGAACUCCUCCUUUUCGCUUUACUUAGACGGUCAACACAUGCAUUCCGGAAAGCUGCACUACGUAAGCGCAAACCCGGGCGGCGGCGCGGCGACGCUGUCGGGCGCGUCCAGCGUGUACUGCGUCAUCGGCACGCCGCCGCAGUGGCGGCGCUACUCGCGCCUCGUGUGGCGGCAGGGGCCCGCUUUGUUGUUAGAGGAUGUACUGUCUCCACCAACAAUAUCAGUGAUCUAUCAGCUGGGACCUCACUACGUCGGGACUUUACAAGCUCCCCUUCCACCCGGUCAAAACCAAGAGCCAUUGUCGCCUCUUAUAGCCGAAGAGAAAGUUGUGUUCGGAAUAAAUGCACGUGCAUUAUCCCAAUUGACACUCGCAAAAAUACGUAAAGUGUACAGUAAAAAUGACAAUAAAGCCAUAGCAAAACAACUUGGAAUGUCUUCACACGAGAACGCAACACCAAUACGAAUAUUGCACAACUCUGCUGGACAUCUAAUGGGACCAGCGAGAUGUUUAGGCGGAACUGUUGUUGGAUAUUUGGGUGUGAGGGUAUUUUGCCCCAAACCAGCUGCCAUUAUGAUUGAUACUGUGGGCGGAUGCUCCGUUCUAUUAGGUCUUAUAGCGAUGGCUCAAGACGUAGAAUGUCUGUACGCCGGAGUGAAGGCCCUGGUGUGUGUGGUGCGCUCGAACAAAGCCGCUCAGGCAGAAAUGGACCGGCGAAAAGGCUAUCAAACUCUGGCCAUGCUUUUGAAGAGGAAAAAACAACUGCUCAACUCACAUAUCUUGCAUUUAAUAUUUGGAUUAGUAGGCACAGUUGACAGUCAAAAGGAAACUUCUUCUAUUCCGAACUUGACUGCUUUCCAAGACUUAAUAUGUGAUCUGGACGUAUGGCUAAAUGCACCAGGCGGAUUAAUAAAAUCACUCCUGGAACAUUUAUUUGAAUUGGCAACGGAAACUGCGCACAGAACGCACAAUUUACGCACAAUGAGGGAACUGCAGCUAGUGCCCAAACUGCUAUAUAUCGUAAAUGAUAUAAAAGUCCCGAGCACAAAGAAUGUUCUAAUACAAUUAUUAGCUAAUUUAUUAGGCGGUCAACCGCGGCCCAGUGACCUUCUAUGCUUAGGUCAAUUUUUGGCGUACACACUCCCAUUGCCUUCGCAAUCAGAACAAGGAGUUGAUAUUAAAGAUGGCGAGUUUGAUAAGGAAGGUGAAGGGGAACUCAUAAUUUUGAGAAACAAAUGCUUGGCCUUCAUGCAUUGUCUUUUACUGAUGACGAGAAAUCUAGAAAGUAAUGCAGUCAGUGAGGAGAUAUCAAGAGUACUCGGAAUGGACUGGCUGCUUUGUUUUAUGAUGGAAAAUGUACACCCCAGUACAGUAUUGUUGGCGAUGAAGAUAUUAGUGGUGUUGUGUUCUGGACAGGGACAACAAUCGGCUAUUAUGCAAAGAUUUCGCGAGGGCACGCACAACGGUGGCUGGCUGCGGCACACGGAGCUGGUGUCGCAGCAGGCCGGCGUGGUGCUGACGGCGGCCGUGCACUCGCACGCGCACCUGCACGCGCAGCUGCUCUACACGCCCGGCUUCACGCCGCUCGCCUGGCUACUGCUCAGCCACCUGCAGAUCCCCGAGCUGUACUACCUGCUGUUCGGUCUGGCGCUGGGCCAGCCCAUGCACCAGCUGGGCAGCGAGCGCGCCAUCUCGGUGGAGCGCGUGUGGGCGGCGGCGUGGGGCAGCGCGGCGCCGGCGCGCCAGUCGCCCGCCGCCGUGCAGGCGCGCAUCACGCUGUGCGCCGAGGCCGUGGUCAUCCUGCUGGCGGCGGCGCGCGCGCUCGUGCACGCCGACGCCGCCUGCCUGCCCGACUGGCUGGCCGAUCAUCCUGUUGCCAUUGUGCAAGUUCUAUUUUCUUUCUAUAACACACUUCCCGAUUUUGUAACGUUAAUGAUGAGCGCUGAAGUGUUGACAGCUCUGGCUUCGACGCUCUUCCCACCAAAUGCUUCAGAUGAUAUACACAUGCCGGUGUGCGAGAGCGGUGAGAGUUCAGGAGCAUCUACCCCAGGUUCAGAAAAGGAAGUAGUAAUACCGAACACAUCCGCGUCGCUGACGCAGCACCCGGCGCGCCACACCGUCAUGGACUUCCUGCGCGUCAUUGUACUGGACUCGCUGCCGUUGAAUGUUUCUGCCAAAAGUGCGCCGGUCAUAGAUCUAGUUCUGGACGCAUCUCCUGCAAAUUCUACAAGUCAACAACAAAUAGAGUUCCAAACAGAGGUUCUAACAACGAUAAUGGAAAAUCUUCUAAAUACUGAAUUAUUUGGAUCGGAGUCAAAUAUAUCGAAUGUAUGCUAUCUGGCAGCGCGCCUUGUCGACAAAUUGUGGCAAGGACAGCUAUCCAGAGAUCCACAUGAGGUGUUCGAUUUCUUGGUCAAAUUGCUGGCACAAGCUAAAAAGAAGUCCUCCGUAAUGUCGUUAGAGGGAUUGCAUCACUGUUUGAAUAGAACAAUUUUGUUCUUAUUAUCACGAUCGACAGACUCUAUCGCAGAUCAAAUGUCCGUACUUGAAGCAUUGCACAAACUUACUACGAACAGGCUAUUAAUUUUUGGAGCAGGAAAUCACGAGUUGGAGUUCAUAGGGUGUUUAACUUACUGUCUACUACAACUGAGUGCUAAUAUGAAAAUCGCCUUAGACUCGUGCAUGCGCACUACUUGGCACGUUAACCCCAGCGGUGAUCUCGAGUCCAGGGAUGAUAAGUUGACAGCCCAUCAAGGUCGUAACCUGAUGGCGGGCGCAGCGCGGCGCGUGUGGGAGGAGCUGUACGCGUGCAAGAAGCCGGCCAUCGAGGAGGUGUUCAAGAUGUCGCUGGUGGCGCCCGUGGGCAACGCGCGCGCGCCCGACCUCGGCGCCGCGCGCGAGCAGCUGCACGAGAACGCGCACAAGCUGUGGAUCAACUAUAUUGAUACUGAGCGGAAGGCCGUGUACCGCGUGCCCUGGGAGCUUCACAAUCAGAUACAAUCAAAGAUCCAGAAAGUGACGGGCGGACUGACGCGCCUCGCGUCACGCACCAAGGUCAAGAAGGACGACUCCGCGAAGCAGCGUCCGCAACCGCCGAGGGAACACGCGCUUGCUUAUAUGCAGGACCAUGUGCAAUUAGUAAGACAAGCGUGGUGCGGGCAGCUGUCGGCGGCGGGCAACACGGCGGCGCACACGACGCGCUACGUGCAGGCGGAGUGGGGCGGCGCGUGGCGCGAGCUGACGCGCGAGCGCGGGCUGUGGGGGCCGCCGCGCGCGCCCGCGCUCGACAAGUGGGCGCUGCACUGCACCGAGGGCCCGUGCCGCAUGCGCAAGCAGCUGCGGCGCAACCACGCCUUCUACACGCAUUACCCGUAUCGACCGGAGCUUGAGCGCUCCGACAGUAAACAAUUGAAAUAUAAAGUGGCGCAAAGUCGGGACAGUAAGGAAUACUACAGAGUGUACCAGCAAUGGCGUACUUCGAGUAGCCUAGGUGAAACCGACGGCAUCGACACUGCUGAACUACAGACUUUCGAAGAAGAAAUACCAAGUAACAAGGAAUUAUCGAUCGAUGUGGCGAACGAAGAUGGUUCACCUUCAGAUUUAGUCAGCAGCGGGGUGGUUAGCCGCGGCACCAACCUGUCAACGGAAGCUAACGAGGAUGGUCCAGAUGCAGAAGAUGAAGAUGAACCUCAACCACCGCCACCUGAUAACCAAACGCUCUUAAGACUACUCGAGCACCAUGAAAAGAUCUCCCAUAUGUUUCGUUGCGCAAGAAUCCAAGGUCUUGACACAACCGAAGGGCUUUUGCUGUUCGGACGUGAACAUUGCUACGUCAUUGAUGGAUUCACACUACUUAAGAAUAGAGAAAUACGCGAUUUAGACAGCUGCCCCGACGACUAUGACCCCAUUUUGCCCAGCCAAGGCAUACAGAGGAGUAAUCAGAGACAAUGCUCCAAAUUUUUGUAUGAAGAUAUAAGAGAGGUUCACAAAAGAAGAUACUUAUUGCAACCUAUAGCACUUGAAGUAUUUUCCAGUGAUGGACGAAAUUAUUUAUUAGCUUUUCCCAGAAAAGUACGGAAUAAGGUGUACAGCCGGUUCACGGCGCUGGCGACGGGCAUGGCGGACAGCGCGGCGGGCUCGGUGGCGGGCCAGAAGCGCGGCGUGGCCGUGGAGCAGCCCGCCGGCCUGCUCGCCACGCUUAUAGGGGACACAUCUGUCACUCAGCGGUGGCUGAGGGGCGAAAUAUCAAACUUCCAAUACUUAAUGCACCUCAACACGCUGGCGGGCCGCUCGUACAAUGAUCUGAUGCAAUAUCCAGUCUUUCCUUGGAUUUUGGCCGACUAUGAUUCUCUAGAAUUAGACCUGACUCAUCCUGCUACAUUCCGAGAUCUUACGAAGCCAAUGGGCGCGCAAAGUCCCGAUAGACUGGAGCAAUUUAGAAAAAGAUAUAAGGAAUGGGACGACCCUCACGGUGAAACGCCUCCUUAUCACUACGGAACCCACUACUCUUCCGCCAUGAUUGUUUGUUCUUAUCUUGUGAGAAUGGAACCAUUUACACAGCACUUCUUAAGACUGCAAGGUGGACAUUUUGAUCUCGCCGAUAGAAUGUUUCAUUCCAUUAAAGAAGCUUGGAACUCGGCUUCACGACACAAUAUGGCUGACGUUAAGGAACUAAUUCCGGAAUUUUUCUAUUUACCCGAAUUCUUGGAAAACUCGAAUAAUUUUGAUUUAGGGAGCAAGCAGUCGGGCGUGGCGCUGAACGACGUGGUGCUGCCGCCGUGGGCGAAGGGCGACCCGCGCGAGUUCAUCCGCGUGCACCGCGCGGCGCUCGAGUCCGACUACGUGUCGCACCGCCUGCACCACUGGAUCGACCUCGUGUUCGGGUACAAGCAGCAGGGCCAGCCCGCCGUCGACGCCUGCAACGUGUUCCACCACCUCUUCUAUGAGGGGAACGUGGACAUAUACAACAUUGAUGACCCAUUAAAGAAGAAUGCAACGAUAGGGUUUAUAAAUAACUUCGGCCAGAUACCCAAACAAUUAUUUAAAAAAGCACAUCCAAGUAAGAAAAUGUCACAACGGAGCUCAACCAUACUGGACCCUAACAAUAUAAUACCUUCACAAGGUAUUACGCCGCCUGAGAAAUUAUUCUUCCAUAAUUUAGAAAAUUUGAGGCCAUCAUUGCAACCUGUAAAAGAAGUCAAGGGGCCAGUCGGGCAAAUAUUGUAUACAGAUAAAGCUAUAUUAGCUGUAGAGCAAAACAAAGUGCUAAUGCCUCCCGCAUACAACAAGUACGUGGCGUGGGGCUUCGCGGACCACUCGCUGCGCAUCGGCAAUUACGAUAAUGAUAAAACUCUGUUCGUGUGCGAGAGCGUGGCGCAGGCGUGCGGCGAGAUCGUCACCUGCGUCUGUCUCUCCGACAAGACCAUUGUGACGGCUGGCACGAGCACUGUGGUAACAGUGUGGCAGUACUGGGCGCGCCGCCGCCGCCUGACGGUGAAGACGUGCCUGUACGGGCACGAGGAGGCGGUGACGUGCCUGGCCGCGAGCGCCGCCUACAACCUGGCCGUGAGCGGCAGCCGCGACGGACACGUCAUCGUGUGGGACGUGGAGCGCGGCGCCUUCGUGCGCCAGCUCGUGCCCGCGCGCCUGCCCGCGCCGCCGCCGCCGGUCUCCGCGCUCGCUAUUGACGACCUCACUGGCGACAUAGCGGCGUGCAGCGGCAGCUGGCUGCACGUGUGGUCCAUCAACGGCGCGGCGCUGGGCGGCGUGGACACGGGCGGCGGCGAGCGCGCGCCGCAGGCGCUGUGCGUGGCCUUCAGCCAGACGCGCGAGUGGGACCCGCUCAAUGUCGUCAUCACUGGCUCCACAGAUGGUGUUGUCAGGAUGUGGUCGAUCGAUUACAUAGCGAAAACUGUAGAAGAUGAAGCAAAGAGCUCCGAAGUAGAUAGUGAAGAUCAAGCACCUAGCUCUUUAGACAAUGAUAAACUGAAAUAUGAACCAUCGCUUACAUUGCAAGACAGUGAAGAGAUCAAGUCCGAGAGUGAAGUAAAGACUGAAGAUAUAGAGCCGUGUGAAAGGGAGGCGGCUAUUAAACGAGUCGAGGAGUUAGUUAAACAAAUGAGCUUGUCACAGGAACAUGAAGGUAAUUUAGUAAAAUCAGCAUCCGAGAGUUCGCUUUCCGAUGCAGGGGAAACAACAAGCGCCAAAGAAUCUGCACGAAGACACGACGAGAAGGACACGUGCAGCGACAAAGAUGAACACUACGAGCAAAAAGAAGAUAUAGACUCCUGUGAAGAGACUAAAGAAGAAUAUGAUAAUGAGAAAGAUCUAGAAGAUGAAAAGGAGAAUGUAACACAUAGAAGCAAAUUGCAUAAACAAGGCAACGUAGUGCUACGGCGCAAGUCGAAAGCGAACCCCUUGUAUCGGAAGAGUGGCGGAAGCAUAGGCGAUUCCAGCGAGCCGAGUUCGGUGGAAACGAUGCAGUCGAUGGAGGCGCAGGAGGGCUGCGGCGGGCUGCGGCCGAGCAAGUCGGACACGAGCCUCACGGACUCGUUCGUGGUGCUGUCGGCGCCCGCGUCGCCCGCGCCCGCGCCCGCGCCCACGCCGCGACCUGUCGUUAAAGAUACUUCUUAUCCAGGUAUAACGUGGACGCGCCGCCUGGUGCUGCGCGGCAAGCUCACCAUGCACACGGCGUACGAGCGCCGCGACAACGCGUGCCCCGCCUCCGUCACCGCCGUGGCGGCGGCGCGCAGCGGCCGCGGGCUCGCCGUCGGCGACGCCAGGGGACGGAUAUUCCGAUGGUCGGCACCGGACAUGACGAGCGCGGCCGGCGCCAAGGGCGGGCCCGCCGACCACUGGAUACGGGACGACACCGCGCCCUACUGUACACAGUGUCAAGUGCGGUUCACGGCGCUGGAGCGGCGCCACCACUGCCGCGAGUGCGGCGCGGUGUUCUGCGGGCGCUGCUCGCGCUACGAGGCGCCAGUGCGCCGCCUGCGCGCGCUGCGCCCCGUGCGCGUGUGCCGCCGCUGCCACGACCAGAUACAGGCCAACGAG